UUCGAACUCUUGCUAGAUUAAGAUGAAUAUAUUUUGUAUUUGAAUUGAGAUGUAAUAAAAGCAAAUUCGUUGCACUCGGUAGAAAAGUUCGAAGUGCAAUAUGGAAUUAAAAAAUUUUAACAAAAAUAAUCUACACAUUCUCUAAAGUAACUGGAGUAAAAAGUUGCAACUAAAGAAUACUUUUUCAGUUUUCUACAAAGAAUAACAAAUUUCGUCAUUUUCUUUAGCAACAAAAACACAACAGUUGCGCUAUGAAUGAAGGAAAAGCUGAUAACGCUGUUAUCGUACACGUGUCUAAAGGUUAAGUCUUCUAGACGGGAAAUGCCAUUUGAAAAUGUAUACUGAUAGUGUUUUUAGCAGCCAACUUUUGAGUCCAACAAGAGGUUCAUCAGUUACUAUAUUUUUUUCAUUCUCUAUUGAAGCCAGUUUUUUUAUAAGUGUUUUUUAAAAACUCUUGAUUAAUAAUUUCAAAAUGGCGAAACCUCUUUUAGGAUAUUGGGACGUCCGAGGCAUUGCUGAGCCUAUCAGAUAUCUUCUUCACUACAAAAAAGUGGAUUUUGAUGAAAAACGAUAUGUUAUUGCUGGAGACGAAUGGACAAACGAGAAAUUUAAUCUAGGUUUCGAUUUCCCAAACUUGCCUUACUACAAAGAGGGUGACUUCAAACUGACCCAAAGUCUGGCCAUCAUGAGAUAUUUGGCGAGAAAACAUGGCUUGGCUGGUGAAACUGAUGAAGAAAAAGACCGGGUUGCAUUGGCUGAGCAACAAAGUCGUGAUUUUCGAGCAGUUUUGAGAGCAUUUGUUGGCGAUGAUGGCUAUGAAACAAGAAAAGACGAAUUUCUUAAAAAUACAGUUUCAGUGUUGUUCAGACAGUGGGAAAAUUUUCUUGGCGACAGAAAAUUUCUGGCUGGUGAUAAUCUGACUUAUGUAGAUUUCAUGCUGUACGAGAACUUAGACUUUUACAGGCUGUUCCAUGCUUCUAUUCUGGAUGACUUCGCCUCUUUGAAAGCAUAUUUCAGUAGAAUAAAGGAUUUGCCUGAAAUGCAGAAAUAUCUUAAUUCUUCGAGAUUUAAAGCGUGGCCAAUUUUUGCUCCUGCAGCCAAAUUUGGUGGUGGUGGUAAACCUCCAAAACAUUUGAAAGCUUAAAGUUUUGGCAUUUCUUUUUAAUUAACAGAAAUGCAUUUGAUAAAGUGUUCAUUGGAUUCAAGUGCAGCAUUUCAGUUUAGAGUUGUAUAUAAAAUUAUCUGUGAAUGGUAUAAAAUGAUUUUGCGUUUAUUCAAAAUAUUUGGAAAAAAUUUUCAGUAGUGACAAAAUACAGCAGCAAGAGAAAAUAAAUAAAUAAACUUAAAGAUAAUAUUAUCAUUCUUAAAAAUAAAAUAUUUGGAUUUUGUAUAUAUGCACUUUCCAGUGGUUCAAAGUAUUGGGGAAAAUUCUUGAACUGGCAAUAUUUAAUACUAUUGAAAAAUCGUAUUUUGCUAACUUUAGCCAUUGUAUCACAUGUGCAUUUAAUAAUUAUUUUGGUUUGAGCUGUGAUUUAAUGAGCCUUGAUAUUAUUACCUGCUAAAAAUUUUCAAUUUUUAAAAGAUAUUUAAUCUUGUAUGUAAAUUUAAUAAAAUAAUUUAUCAGAAACUUCUAUAUAUUUGCUAUUUUUAAAUUUUUUUUAUUCAUUGCUGAAUUUUAAUAAAUUAACUUAAAUUUUAGUUAGAAUUUUUAACUUUAUCAUCUGUUUUAAUGGCUAUUUUUCUUUUUAUUAAU